AGGGGCGAAGUGUUUCCUUGACUUGGCCCCAGCGAAGUGCACGAGAGGACACAUGGAGCUCCGACAGCUCCAGCCGCGUCUGCGACUCCUCAGAUGCGUCGGCGACGCAGCGCGCGCGCACACGCACACAGGGACUGAGUUUGGACGCCGCGGCGCUUCUCACCAAACAUGUGGAUUCAAAAUGAUUUCCCAAGAAUGAGAUUUUGUUCUUAAUUGGCGUAUAGAACACACACAGUUUAACAGAUGGAGGAGAGUAAGAUAUCGGUGUGGGUCUGCCGAGAAGAGAAGCUCGUCCUCGGCUUGUCGAAGCGCACGACCUGCGCAGAUGUGGUCCAAGUGCUUCUGGAAGACCAAGGCGCACAGCGCGGCCUCUCCGCGCCACAGUCGUACUGUGUCGUGGAGAAAUGGAGAGGCUUCGAGCGGAUUCUGCCGAACACAACCAAGAUUCUACGGCUCUGGGCCGCGUGGGGAGAAGAGCAGAAGAACGUGAAGUUUGUUCUGGUGAAGAGCGACGCGUCCUUGGCGAGCCGCGGAGCCCGGAGCGCAGAGGCGCGCGUGGUGCUCAGCACACAGAGCCCGUGGGUCGCCAAAGGCUCCGCGAGGUCUCCGAUCGGGGGCAUCGCGCCCGAAAAGCAGCGUAGGGUUGUCAGGAAAGCCUUCAGGAAGUUGGAGAGGAUCAAUGAAAAGAGAGCGCGAGUGGCGCACAGAGACGCGCGCUCCGCCGAGAAGAUGGAGACUCUGGUUCAUCUCGUGGUGUCUCAGGACCACACGGUCCGGCAGCAGGUCCAGAGGAUCUCGGAGCUGGACGCAGAGAUCGAAAGCUGCGAGGCAAAGGUGCACUCUGACAGAAUCAAGCGGCACGGGGUUAACUAUGUGCAGGACACGUACUUGGUGGGAGCGGCCGCAGCCUCCAGCUGCGACGGGGACGACCCGUGUCCACCGGAGACACUCGUCCAGCUGGAGGAGUACGCGCGGCGGUGUGAGGAGGUGGUGCGGCUGCAAGAGGAGCUGUGGGAGCGGGAGGCUCUGGUGGACAUCAUCGCGACGCAGAUGCAGGAGGAGCUGAACCACCGCUGGAUGCAGAGGAGGAGAGCGCAGCUGCACAACAGAGACUCUGAGCCCGGCGAGGGCGCGCAGCCCUUCGCACGCCGCGCAGAGGCAGACGGGACGGCCGCGAACGAGCUGCAGCUGGAAGGCGAGAGGCUCAAAACGCAGCUCGAUGCGAGUUUAUACAUCGGCCUGCGCCUCAACACGGAUUUAGAAGCUAUCAGGAGCGAUUUGGAGCUGAGCCAGGAGAUUUGCGCGGCGAGGGAGAGGGAGACGAGGGAUUUGCUGGAGGAAUUGAGCAUUUUGGACACAGGGGAAGGGGCAGCCAGUGGGGAGAACUGUGACCACGGCACAGACGACAAGACGGGGAUGAUGAGCACUUUGGAGAGAAAAAGUGCGUGGGUGGAGCAGGCCAGGGGUCUGUCGAAGGCUCACAGUGUGAACGACGACGACUCGGACACUGGGUUGAGUUCCCUGCACAGUCAGGACUCGGACUGCCACCCGGUGUGGGAGUCACUGGUUUAGGACUCCACCAGGGAAGUCUGUCAUCUGUUGGUCGCCUCUUACCACUUCAGUCUCAGGGAUCCUAAUCACUCUGAAGUGGACCAUGGGUCGCAGUGAACUGGGACUGGACACUGACCUUUAAAUGAACUCCAUCAAGAAGGUUGUUGUCUCAUGUGUUAGUUUGAUUUUCAGCAGGAUUAUGCAAAAAGUAUAGGGGGAAAUUGAUUUGCGCCACACGUCAGUGGAGGGAUCGGGGCCUGGACAGGGGCAGAAACACGCAGUGUGGAUCCAGGAUUUAUCAUUCGUCACCUUCCUUGACUUUCCGAGACAGAGCAUCCGCUAACACCUUUGUCAGUUUCUCAGGGAAUAACGUGUGGAUAAAGAAUAGACAUAUUUGUGGUGUUGAGAUCUACGGCUUUGGCCAGUUUGAUGCAGAUUGUUGGACUACUUCCCCUUUUCUUUUGACUGUAAGAGCUAGACAGACGCGUAGUGUAGUUUGGCCUCGGUGGAGUCAUACACUCCACCGAGUGCCAUUUUUAUAACAUCGGCCUUAAACUUUGUUUUUUUCUUAUUGUUCUCUUCAAAGCUAAAUAAAAUCUAAUACCGGUCUUGAA